CAUCUGCAAUCACUGCUAGCACGCUCCUGCGCGUUGCAUCGUUUUGUAUCAUUUUGUAUCUGCAGCAAUCUGCAAUGAGUGGGACGGUAUCAAGUAUUUGUUACUAAUUUAUUAACAAUGGAACAAAAUAAAGAAGAGCUUGCUCGAAAGAAAUAUAGAAGAGAAGGACAAAAAGAUGAAAAUCCUUUGGAUGCAGAUGAUAAUUAUGAACCUUAUGUACCAGUGAAAGAACGUAAAAAACAACAGCUAGCUAAGCUUGGUAAACUUGGACAACUCAAAGAUGAAGCAGCUGCUGGAAUUAUGGGGAAAAGUAGUAGUGAAAAUGAAAAAGAUGAUGCAGAUGAUGAUGAUGGACAAGUAUGGGGAAGAAAGUCAAACAUUUCACUUUUGGAUCAACAUACUGAAUUAAAAAAAUUAGCAGAAGCUAAGAAGGAAAGUGCUAUGGAGAAACAAUUGAAAGAAGAAGAAAAGAUCUUAGAAAGCGUAGCAGAAAAUAAAGCUUUGAUGGGUGUAGCAGAAUUGGCAAAGGGUAUUCAAUAUGAAGAUCCAAUAAAAACUAGUUGGAGAUCUCCAAGAGCUGUACUAGCUCUUGGAGAAGCAAGGCACGAACGGGUUAGAAGAAAACUCAGGAUUUUGGUGGAAGGAGAUGAUAUUCCACCACCACUGAAAAGUUUUAAAGAAAUGAAAUUUCACCGGGGUAUCUUGAAUGGUUUAGAACAGAAGGGUAUUUUUAAGCCCACGCCAAUUCAAGUUCAAGGAAUACCAACAGUAUUAUCUGGUCGCGAUAUGAUUGGCAUAGCUUUCACUGGCAGUGGAAAAACGUUGGUAUUUGUUUUACCCAUUAUAAUGUUCUGUUUAGAACAAGAAGUAGCAAUGCCAUUUGUAAGAAAUGAAGGACCGUAUGGUUUAAUCAUUUGUCCGUCACGAGAAUUAGCUAAACAGACGUACGACAUUAUUCGGCAUUAUACAAAUAGUUUACGUCAAGCGGGCUGUCCUGAGAUACGUAGUUGUUUAGCAAUUGGCGGUGUACCUGUAUCCGAAUCUUUAGAAGUUAUUAAUAAAGGCGUGCAUAUCAUGGUAGCAACUCCCGGGCGAUUAAUGGACAUGUUAGAUAAAAAGAUGGUAAAACUUAGCGUAUGUCGUUAUCUCUGUAUGGAUGAAGCAGAUCGCAUGAUCGAUAUGGGAUUUGAAGAGGAUGUGCGAACAAUUUUCUCGUUUUUUAGGGGUCAAAGACAAACAUUAUUAUUUUCUGCAACUAUGCCAAAAAAGAUUCAAAAUUUUGCUCGUUCAGCGUUAGUAAAACCUGUCACGAUCAACGUUGGUCGCGCGGGAGCCGCAUCAAUGAAUGUAAUACAAGAAGUUGAAUAUGUCAAGCAAGAGGCUAAAAUCGUGUACCUUUUGGAGUGCCUGCAAAAAACUCCACCACCGGUACUUAUAUUUGCCGAGAAGAAGCAAGAUGUGGAUGCUAUUCAUGAAUAUUUAUUACUGAAAGGUGUUGAAGCAGUAGCAAUACAUGGUGGAAAAGACCAAGAAGAAAGAUCGCGUUCUGUGGAGGCUUUCCGUCAAGGUCGAAAAGAUGUAUUAGUUGCAACUGAUGUUGCAUCUAAGGGUCUCGAUUUUGCUGAUGUGCAACAUGUUAUAAAUUAUGAUAUGCCUGAUGACGUAGAAAAUUAUGUACAUAGAAUCGGAAGAACUGGUCGUUCUGGACGAACGGGAAUAGCGACAACGUUCAUUAACAAAGCAAAUGAUGAAUCCGUGUUGCUUGAUCUUAAACAUUUACUUAUGGAAGCGAAACAAAAGGUUCCACCAUUCUUAUUGGAACUUUGUUCAGAAAACGAGAAGUACCUGAAUUUGGGAGACGAACGUGGGUGCAGUUACUGUGGUGGUCUCGGUCACAGAAUCACGGAUUGUCCUAAACUUGAAGCCAUUCAGAAUAAACAGGCAUCGAAUAUUGGACGCCGUGAUUAUCUGGCUAGCAAUGCAGCCGACUAUUAAAUGCAUGACCUUAACCGAGAAUAUUUUGUAUAUAUUUUUGACAAAAUGGUUAUUUUCUAGAUUUUAUAAGAGAACAUUUCAAUCGCUGUAAAUAGUAAUUCAAUAAAAUUUAAGUUAUCUUA